AUGACCGGCUUCGGGAACGUGGUGGCAGUCCUUGGCAAGAAGGGCGCCCUCAAGAAAGAGGUCGAGGCCAUGGCUUUCAAGCACCUGGACCUCGAGGUGACCACCGCGCGCCUGGAGUUCUUCCGCGACACCAUGAUCGAGGUGCUGGACGAAAGACUGGGCACCGAGAUGUUCUCGAUCAACGCUCGGGUGGGCAUGAUGUGCCUUAUCAAUUAUGCAGGCAGCGCCUUCAUCUAUGUCCGCCGCGAAUACGCAGGACGGAUCAAGAUCAUCCUCAACAGCUGGGCUGUGGUGCAGAAGAGCAAUGCCCCGGAAGCCCAGGAAGACGGAGUGGCUGCGGAAGGAGAGGGAGGGGAGGAGACAGGCGAGGAGGUGCAGGUCGAGGAGGCGAUCGUGGAGGAGAGCAACGUCAAAGAGGGAACAGGCACUGCUGGCCGGGAGUCUGGUGAGAAGGAGGGCGGAGGCAAGGAGAUGAAGGUGCCAACCACCUUCAAUGAGAUGCUUCUCUUCAACGCCUCCGUCAUGGGAUAUGGUGGCAGCAGCUGGAUGAAUAUCGUGCUGCAGCAGUUUGAUGACAUGGUGAAGAAUGUGGCCAACUUCAACAGGAUGCAAGAGGAGUCUGAUGUGAUGUCUUUGGUGCUGGCCAAGUACAAGGGCCGCAUCGAGCUGUCUGAGUUCAAGGCUGUGACUUUGGCCUCCUUGAGAUCGCUGCUGCCGCAACAAUGGGACUCCGAGCAUGAGGUGGCCUGGUGUUGGCUCUGGGAGAACAUCGAGACGUUGCUCAGCAACAUGCUGGGCAAGACCCGGUUGCAGGAAGAUGCCUUGGACAAAUUUUACUCGACGCGGAUCUCAGAGGAGAACGCCAUCGCGCUGCGCAAGGCGCUCUUCCCCUACUUCUUGGAACAGGUGACCACUGCGCAGUCCUUCCUCAAGCAGUCCGCCACUCGUAUCAACUUUGUGGCCGACAAGAUCAUUUGCUUGACCUUGGAGCUGUAUCGAAGGCCCAAGAAGACCGUGGAAGACCUGUCCUCCAUCGGCCUGCGACAUGUAGGCUAUGGGGUGCCGAGUGAGAUGAUGCCCCCCUUCGUGUCCUCCUCCGUGGGGCUGAUCCAGACCUACGUCGACGACCAGCAGACCAUCGAGGGCUUCCGCUGGGCCAUGGCGCUCAUGGCGAAGAUUUUGAUGCGAACCAUCACCGAAGGCUCGACGCUGGUCAUGAAGGCGAUCAACAGCAACCAGAAGUUUCAACUCAAGAAGGCCAUGGAAGUGAUUCCGCGAGGUCAUCGAGCCAAGGAGCUCCUGAACAUCACUGUGGGAACACAGUCCAUUUCGCCCUUCUAUUGGGCCAUUGACAGCGGAGCACUUGUUUGUGCCCAAUCCAUCCUGGAGGAUAUCCUUACCAUCCGGGCAGACCGCGAUGUGUAUUACUAUGGCUGCGAGGCCUUGUUCACUUGCCACCCGGAGUGUGUGCAACGACUCUGUGGGCGAGCGCCCACAUUGCUGCCGACACUUUUGGAUGGCCUGGUGUGGCGCUCCCGGCAAACGGUCGAAGGCAUGCGACGCACCAACUACUACGUAAAGCAUUUCAUCCAGGAUUUGCAGGGCGGUAUGAGCCAGAAUUUGGUGUGGUUUGUGGAGUACGGCGAUCCACAAAUCGUGUGCCACCCCACCGUGGUGGUCUUCUCCGACAUGCUUUGGACUCGACUGGCGAGUCGCAGAUUUAUCCUGUCCAAAAUCUACUACGUCCUGACCUUGGUGGUUUUCAUCACUGGUCAGGCAGCUCUCUUCCGGCACACCUCCGAGCAGUCCGAGGUGGAGAACAUCGUCAUGUUCUCCUGCCGUGUUUUCAACUACCUCGGCUCCAUGUGCAAACUCUUCUUGGGCCACUGCGGCAAGCUCUUUGCCGACAUUCGGGCGCAGCAGAUUAAAAGCGUUUGGGGAGUUCCAGUGCCAGCAUACCUUUUUGAUUUGCAAGAGCUCGCGAGUCUCCUGCUACUGCUGCUCUUGGAACUCAUGUGCAUGCAGGAGCCGUACCUCUGGUGCUUAAGCAAGGGGCAAGGCAUUGCCAUGACCUGCAAGCAAGGACAAGAGAGGAUGGACGCAUACAGCUUGUGUUCCUUCCUUGCGAUGAUGCUGUACUGGGGGCUGCUCUCAGAUUUGGCAAUCUUCUCCAUGCGCAUCUCUGCGUAUGUCCUGGUCUGCGGCCGCGUGGCGGCGGAGGUGGGCCUUUUCUUCACGGCGCUCUUCGCGCUGAUCUUGGCCUUCAGUACUUCCAUCAGUGCGCUGUACACUGAGCUGCCGACCCGAGAAGGCGCCGCAGUCUGGAUGGAGGAGACCUUGUGUCGAUGUCCUUGCAGAUGUAUUCUGCCGAAUCCUUCCAGUUCAUCGUGGCCAACUCGGUGA